AUGUCUUCUCAGUGGGAGAUCCGUUUCAGCAACUCGCGCCGUCUGCCGUACUUCUACGACUCUGUCACUCAGCAGUCGACAUGGGAGAUCCCGGAAGGUCACACCGAGGAGUCGAUCCGAUCGCUGCCCGGUGCAAAGUACCUCGACCCUUCCAACGCUCCCGGUGGAGCUGCCGACAAGCCAGACAAGGUUCGAGCUAGCCAUCUUCUCAUCAAGCAUGCUGGCAGUCGAAGGCCCAGCUCUUGGAAGGAGGCCAACAUUACGCGAUCCAAAGAGGACGCCAUCGAACAGCUCAAGAAGUUCGAACAGGAGCUGCAGGCCGACUCGAGCAAGGACAAGUUUGCUCAGCUCGCCAGUGUCAACUCCGACUGCUCCUCGGCAAGGGCAGGCGGCGAUCUCGGCUUCUUCCAGCGUGGCCAGAUGCAGAAGCCAUUCGAAGACGCCGCCUUCGGUCUCAAGGUGGGCGAGCUCAGCAGCAUCGUCGACACUGACAGCGGUGUUCAUCUCAUCUACCGAACCGCCUGA